GCUGGAAAUCUGUGCGUCUCAUAGCGCGUAUUUGAUUUGACAAAUAGAUCAGAACACCGCCUCCCAAACAAUUUCUGUCUUUACGGAUUAUAGAAUUAAGGCUGUCGAGGAGUGCUUUUUAAUCGUGUUCGAUCGGUUUUCUUGAUGUGAUAUACUCUUCAAACCACCGCCUAAACCAAGUAAUAAUUAAUCUACUCUUUUAAGAAAACAUUAUAUAAUUUCACGGAAUUCACAGUGAGGCCAUACUGAUAAUGAUCCAUACAGAUUUAUCUUUGUUCUUUGGUAAUAUUAAGUACACGACGAUGUCUUUGAUCCGCGCCGCUGUUACAACAGCGCGUUAUUGCCCCCAUGGAUUAGUACUUUAAGUGAGGAAGACGGGCCAGUCAUUUCUCCUGCAGACUUACAAUGGUUCACGCGUACUGGCUUUGUGUCCUAUACUGUCUUAGUGUAGUGCACAGUUUUCCAGACUUUCUGGUUACGCUGCCAGACUGGAUCUAUAAGGGAGAGGAGUUCGAUUUCUGUGUGUCCUUUCCUGGUAAUACCUACGAUGGGGUCGUUGAUGUUACCAUGACGAUGAAUUCCAAAGACUCCAAGAUUGAAUAUCCCACGGAAACAUUCCUCAGUGUGUCUGAUGCCAUCCGUUGCCAAAAACUCCGUGCCCCGAAACAAAAUGGGCGAUGGGCGUAUAACGUUACUCUGUAUGGACAUGGAACAUACGGUCAGGUCGUCCCCCCGUGGUUCCCCACCAUGAACAAUCACACCGCCACCUAUAUUCAGAAAGUCCGGGUGAGAUCUCGGCGACAGGAUCGGGAUGUCACAUUAAUACAGACAGACAAGCCUAUUUAUAAGCCAGGGCAGACAGUGAAAUUACGAAUUCUGCGUUUGAAGGCAGAAGAAAAUUUACUACCAGACACGGACAAGAUUAAAUGGGUGUACGUGGAGAAUCCCAGCAAUAUUCGUGUCAUGCAGUGGAAGGAUGUUUCUACAACCAAAGGAAUUGCGAGUCUUGAGAUGUUGCUGUCAGACGACCCACCCCUGGGAACAUGGAUGAUCAAAGCCAUAUACAAAGACAACAAGGAAUACAAGAAUACAUUCUCCGUAGCGGAAUAUGUUUUACCCAAGUAUGAAGUGACCAUCACACCUCCUGCCUACCUGCUGACCACAUCUCCAACCAUCGAAGCCAAAGUGUGCGCAAAGUAUACCUAUGGAAAACCAGUGAGAGGCCAAUUAGUCGUGACAAUCUGUUAUAAAUCCAAUUAUUUCUUCUUUGGAUACCGCCGGAGAGCCCGAUCUGAGAGACCAUGCAGUGAGAGGCUAUUGGAGAUAAAUGGUUGCACUAUGGUGUCCUUGAAUUCGUCAGAAUUAUAUCUUAACUCCAAGCAAUAUAACAUUUGGGGGAAGCUGAAAAUCAAUGCCACGGUGACGGAGGCCGGAACGGGAGUCGUGCUGUCUGGAGAAUCGAGCGGGCCAAGCGUGACCACUGAGUCCUGUAAGCUGGAGAUCACUGAUGAAACAGAUGGUUUCUUUAAACCAGUUUUCCCUUACCAUGGAAAGGUGACGGCGACAAAUCCAGACGGUAGUCCAGCAUCCGGAAAGAGAAUCUUCAUCCGAGCGCAAAGCUACCAGAUGAAUCGCUGGCGUCUUGCUCAGAAUGUAACAACAGAUGCCCAUGGAAUUGCUGAAUUCAGCAUUAAAGAUUUACCGAAAAAUAUCACAACAUUUUCCAUCGAGGCAACUGAUAAAGAUGUUCCAUAUGAAGAUGGCAAACUUUUUCACACGCUUGCACCUGGCACAUCUUACAAAAGUGUAACACGGUGGUAUUCACCAUCCGAUAGCUAUAUGCAGAUUGAAAAUGUGAUGCAGCCACUGGCAUGCGGCAAGGAUGCUCACUUGGACAUACUUUAUUCUACUCCAGAAGACACAAAGUAUAAUUUUUAUGUAAUGGUCAAGUCUAGGGAACGCAUAGUUUACACAACAAACAAACAACACAGAUUCUCUAAAGAAAAUAACAUUCAGAUGACUUCUUCUGAUCCUGGCCAGUAUCUUAAAGUACAGAAAAUCCCUACAACCACAUCACGCCCUCCAAGGACACGCAAACCAAGGCCUCCUUUACAACCAAAGUUUAUUAAUGUGACAUCGCAGCUUUCUAAACACAACACAACAGAACCUAUUACCGCUAACCCCAUACUGGCUCGAAAUCGACGGAGCACGAAGUCAUGUAAAGAUAAUGGUGGAAAGCUAUUUGAUGAUGGUUCAAACUUUGCCCCAAAUGUGUCAAACCCGUGUUGGAUGUGCAGCUGUAAUGAUGGGACUCCAAAGUUUUGUGCCAUGGCCAUGUGUGACGAACCACCUUGUAGAAACUAUCAGCUGAUUGAGGGCACCUGCUGUGGUUUCACCUGUCCUGAUUAUGAAUAUGAAGACACGGGAAACUGUCUAGACCAAAGCGGAAAAACUAUAAAAAACGGAGAUCUGUUUUCUCCCAAUGUGUCGGACCCCUGUCACAUGUGUAUGUGUGAGAACGGAGAGCCGACUAACUGUAACUACAUAUACUGUGAUGCCCCUCCCUGUGACAAGUAUGAUUUGGUGGAGGGUACCUGCUGUGGUUUUAUAUGUCGUGAUGAGGAAAGUUCAGAGAAAAGUUGUCUAGAUUCAACAGGAAACAUAGUGCCUGAUGGAUCCAUGUAUAAAGACCCCUUAAAACCAUGUGAAGAGUGCAUGUGUUCCAGUGGAGAUGUGUUCUGCACUCAAAUGCUCUGUGAAGUCCCGAAAUGCCGCAAUUUUAAAUAUGUAGAAGGAACUUGCUGUGAUAUUAAAUGUUUUGAUGAUACAACCGAAAAAAGUGGCUUCAUCGGCCGGGUCCAAAUUAGCAUUCCAAUUACGGCCAAAUUUGCUCCAGAAACACAAGUCAUGAUAUACUAUAUAAGAAAGGAUGGAGAGAUAGUUUCCAGCAGUAAAACUUUCCAAGUGGAAAAGUGUUUUGAUAAUAAGGUGAACAUGGAAUUUGUCGGUAGUUCUAUUAGGCCUGGGUCCAAUGCUACUCUCCGUAUUGUGGGGGACCCCCAGUCAGCCUGUUCUGUUGGUGUGGUAGAUAAAAGCAUAGAUCUCCUGAAAGCUGAUCAUCGGAUAACUCCAGAAAAGUUUUACAGUUUAGUGACAUCAGAGACGGAUCCCGACCGUCACUAUUUGUACGCGGACAAUAAAAGAAACUGCAAAGAAGAGGACAGAAAUAGUACAGAAGAAAUAUAUCCGUCUUUGCUUAGAAAUCCAUCAGAUAUUCCGGUGGAUUCCUACCAAACGUUUAAGACUUUUGGAUUGCGAGUUUUUACGAAUCUGAAGUUGGAGACCAGACCAUGCAUUGAUUACAUUUACCCUCUAUAUAUGUAUAAUCGAGUUUAUUCAGAAAUAAAUGGUAACGAGGUACCCUCGACAGCAGAUUUAACAGCCAGUGAUGAUGUCAGGAGCUUUUUUCCAGAAACAUGGCUUUGGGAAAUAGAAAUCAUCGGAGAUUCCGGUCAGAAUACACUAAUGCGACAGAUCCCGGACACUAUUACUGAGUGGAAGGGGAGUGCCGUAUGUUUAAACACGGACUCUGGGAUCGGAAUUUCCCCCGUCACCAGUAUCACAGCGUUCCAGCCGUUCUUUUUGUCCUUCACACUUCCGUACUCGGCCGUCAGGAAUGAGGUGGUUCCGGUGCUGGUGAAAGUGUUUAACUAUCUGACAGAAUGUCUCGUGAUGAGAGUGUCAAUAGUGAACUCUAAGGAGUUCACCAUCCACAGAGCUGCCAUCAUGCGGACAAGGACAGUUUGUGUUUGUGGUGGAGAAUCUGAAACUUUACGUUACUUGGUUACGCCUCUCAACAUUGGCAAAAUCAAUAUUCAGGCACAGGCGGAAUCUAUCGCUGACGAUGGUACCUGUGGUAACAGUAUCGUGAGCAGGGAGGCUACAGGGGUAUCCGACGCAGUUCGGCGGGAACUUCUGAUCGAAGCUGAGGGGGUGGAAAACGAGUACACUUACUCUUCCUACAUAUGCCCAACAGGCGAACCAGGGUUAAAGUUAACGGAAAAGAUUAAAUUGCAGAUUCCAUCUAACAGUAUCCAGGACUCGGAGAGAGGAACUGUCAAUGUUAUAGGUGAUGUAAUGGGUCCUGCACUGACCAACCUCAAAGACUUGCUAAAGAUGCCGUACGGCUGUGGAGAACAGAAUAUGGCUUCAUUUGCUCCUAAUAUCUUUGUCUUGCAAUACUUCUACAACACUAACCAGGAAGUCAGCAGGGUUCUGGAGGAUACUUUCAGAUACAUGAGAGUGGGUUAUCAGAGACAACUGAAAUACAGGCAUCCGGAUGGCUCGUAUUCGGCAUUUGGAGGAGGGGAGGGAACCAGCGGAAGCACGUGGCUGACAGCAUUUGUCGUGAAGUGUCUCGGUCAGUCUCAGAAAUACAUAGAUAUUGACCGGGUGGACUUGAAUACCAGCAUAUCAUGGUUCAGACGAAAGCAGAAUGAGCUGGGCUGUUUUCCAAAGGUUGGCUACACGCACAGCUAUUAUCUGAAAGGAGGCUGGGGGAAAGGGAACGACGAGGAGGGGACACUCACAGCUUUUGUGAUGAUUGCGAUGCUGGAAGCUGGUCUGCCAAAAUCUGAUCCAGCCGUGCUCAGUGCUCUUCGUUGUCUUGACCUUCAAGAGGUGAAGGACACCUAUAUGUUGAGUCUGAUGGCAUAUGCAUACACCCUUUACAGCACCAAGUAUACUAGGCGAUUAGAAAUCAUGGCAUUACUACGCUCUAAGCUCAAAAGGAAAGGAGCUGAUAUGGUAUACUGGUCACGUGACACCGAACCUGAAAAAGAGAAAACCGGAAACCCUUGGGAUAUAUAUUAUCGAGCCCCAUCGGCAGAAGUGGAAAUGACUUCUUAUGCAUUGCUGGCUUACACUGUUGGAAAUCAACCGGAAGCUGUCGUCAAUGCUAAACCAAUUGUAAUGUGGCUCAGCAAACAGAGAAACCCCCAGGGAGGCUUCAGCUCGACUCAGGACACUAUUGUAGCUCUACAAGCGCUAUCGGUGUAUGGCAGCUUGAUACAUCAGGGCGGGACAGACAUAACAGUCGAAAUCAGUGGAAAACAAAUGUUAAAAGCUUAUGGCAUCAGCGACGAAAAUAAACUGGUUCUUCAGAGUGAGCCAAUACCCCUUAUACCCAACGAACUGACGGUAAUGGUCAAAGGGGCAGGGUGUGCCUUAAUUCAGGCUAACGUAAAAUAUAACACUCCUGCAAAGAAAGGCGGGUCGGGCUUCUUUGUAAAAGUGUCCACUCUUAGAUCUAAGGAUACAGUGAGCCACUGUGCCAAGAGAAGCAUCAACAUUUGUGUCAGAUAUACUGGAGCCAGUGUCCAAACCAAGAUGGCGAUUGUGGAUGUGAAAAUGCAAACUGGUUGGGUGCCCGUAAGAGACUCACUUAAUAUGAUAUUGUCAAGCAAAUUGAACUCGAUAGGAUUGCAGAAGUUUGAAAUCGAUGGAAAUGUAGUACACUUUUAUUUUGACCAUUUUGAUGCCUUUACGAGAUGUUUCCAGUUUAAUGUAGAACAAGAAAUUGAACUGAAGGACCCCAAACCUGCCUAUGUCAAAGUUUAUGAUUACUAUGAAACAGGUUCUUCAGAAACGGUGGAGUAUGAUAUGAAAACAAUUUGCGGUACAAAGGAGGAGUUGCCUUUCCUGACGGUGGAGGAAUACGACACCAUCAACACUGGCGAUGAAAUUACUCAAGCUCGAGUACCUCUAGAGAGAAUAAAUUCUUCGCGUGUUGUUCCCGGUCCUCCUGGGGGUCAGAACUGUCCUGCUUGUGAAAAUUCUAUGGAUACAAAACAUACAGAUUUCUUAGAAUUGGUUUGCAACUCCAACAAAAUUUUCAAAGUUAAGACUGCACGGAAAGAUGGCACGAAGUAUUCUAUGAAACUGUACGCCGACAUGAGACUCCGCAAAAAGAAACACAUUGGAGCAUUUGUGAACCACAAGAUCCACAAGUCGUGUUCCUGCAGAAUGCUGAAAACGAGAGACCAAAAGUUCCUGGUGUUUGACAUGAAAAAUGGAUACAAUGAUUCGUCCAAAGAACUCACGCUGAACAAAAAUUCAGUCAUCGUGUCGUGGACAAAAGACUUUGAACGUCAGGUGUUCCGUAAAAGAAAAAUAUGCUAACUUUGAUAACAGAUGCAAUUCUUAGUUUCCAUGAAAUCUUCGUAAAAAAAAAAUCCGAAGUCUUAUUGCACAGUUUCAGAGUGUUCCUGAUUCAAUAAUAUGUCUAUGUAAUUCUGAUAUUUCUACUUUCGAUUGAGUUAUGUGCUUAAUUUGUGAAUUCAGAAAAAUAACUGGAUUCGUUUUAUCGCUAUUGAGAGAACUUCAUGUUAUGCUAGAGGUCAUUGCUAACUGAGAAAUCGGUUUUGAGUACCUGAUCAAGGCACCUCUAUGGGGUAUUGGACGCUUCUAUAUGUUUACAAGUGUAUAUACUUUACUAAUAAAAGAAACGAUUUUUUUGUG